AUGAAUGGUGAAAAAUCAUUGAACAAUCAAAUCAUGGCACCAAGUCAAGGUCAUUUUCAACUGCGUGAUGAGAAGUCUGAUGGCACUCCAAGGCCAUGGGCAAAUGCAAAUUCUCCAAAUCGCACUGAUUUUCUAGGUGAAACUUCACAGCCUGGUGGUCCUGUCACUAAGAUUGAUUUAGAUUCUCGUGGACUGUCUAGCCCUGGGAAGUCCCUUGAUGUUGAGAUAUUAUAUGAAGUCAAGAAAGACGACAGAUUGAACAACUUCAUAGCUACUUCUGAUGUGAUUUAUAAUGACAAAAUCAACAGUCAUUCUGCUAGUAAAUCUGGAAGAGAGCUCAGUAGGUAUGGACCAAAGAGGAUUCUUAACCCUAGCAAAUAUAAUGCUUCUCCUUAUGUCAACCAGAAAUCAUCGAGAUACCCUGUUACAACAAGAAUGAUUCAAUUACAUGAUGCUAUUGUCACUUUGUCUCUUGAUGAAGAUUACAAAUACUAA